UCGUAAAUGCGUAAUAAACGGAAUGCAGUUGGAUAAAUCACAAAUAUCGAUUGAUGGCUUGCGUGUAACCAACUACCGUCAAAUAGUCUACGUCUAUAUGCGUUCUCUGCCAUGGUACAUAUUUUGAAGAAAUGUGCAGUUCAGCAUCCUAUAUAGUUACACCGUUUGUGUCUGUCCGAUGGUAAUGUGUUAAAUCGGACAGGACCCUAGAAAAGGCUUAAUUUGAUUUUCCAGCUUUAUGCAAAUACCGGUCAGGAGGUCAGAUCGGGCGCGUGGCUGUGCUGCAAGGCACACUUUCAGACUUACAAUUCCGACAUUGAAUGAAAAGAAAAGAGAGAGAAAGACGCAUCCCCAGCACACACCCCAGGCUCCCAGGUCCUCUUAACCUAGCCGGGGUAAAGGCAAUAACAGUCUCCAUUCCCCAGAGAUAGCAAUCCGCAAAAGAACACCACACGACGCCUGGUAUUCGUGGUUUGGAGAAUUACGAACUCAACAGAGUUCAGCGUAAACUGAAAAUGUACGUUUUUUUCAGAAGUGUAUACUCUAUUCUGUGCUAAUCACUGUACCUGCAAUUUAACGGUCUUCUGAAGUAUGGAUUCAUUAUUUGUCUGCUUUUCAUUUUAGUAUUUACUUUUUAUAAGUUUUGCUUCAGUAGCUAUGAAGCUGACAGUCACUACAAUUUACAUAUGUAAUUUGAGUAUAUUAAUAUAUUCAUUGUUUAUUUUGAUGAAAUUUCCGUAUUUAAAUCACAUUUUAGCAGUUAGGAUUAUUAUAGUUUUCACUUGUAUCAGUGGUUAAGUGUAAUCAGGUAGGCCUAUGUAUAUCUAUCUAUCUAUCUAUCUAUCUAUCUAUCUAUCUAUCUAUCUAUCUAUCUAUCUAUCUAUCUAUCUAUCUAUCUAUCUAUCUAUCGGCCUACACGAUUUUAACAUCUUGAUUUAGCUACAGGACAACAUAAAACUUAAAAUCACAUUUUAUAAAAAAUGAACAGCAUUUUAAAUAUUAAAAAUGUAUGCAUUGCACAAAAGUAAAUUUAACAAUAAUACUAUGAUUAUACCUUGAAACAGUGAAUGUUUCAAUACAAUAGACCAUGUCAGUCUUAUUGUCAAAUGGAACGCUUUGUUUCGAGAGAAAAAAUUCCACGUCAAAAACAAAACAGUGAAUUAAUAAGAAGAAUCCGUUAGGCCUCAUACCCAUAUGCGCGCCGCAGAGGGUAAGCGAACACUAGGCUAUAUGUUCAUAGAUUUUUUUAACAUCUUUUGUUUGCGGUCUAAGAGCAUUUGUAGGACGCACACCGCAUUCUGGAAGUCCCUGAUGCCGAUCGAAAUGUAUUCCUCCCAUUUUUCUUUUGAGGGGGUGUGGGUGGGAUUUUUAGGAGUCGUGCUGUGAAAAGGGUUAAUUUCGUUGACAAUAGCGGGGCAGACUUCCUAUUCUUGGAAUCAGACGUUCAGGUGGAUGUAUGCAGAAGGGGUGUGUGCAUCGCUGUGAGAUUCUGAUUGAGCUCGUUUUAACGUUUUUACUACUUCAAAAACCAUUUGCAACUUUUUACAUCCUUUUUAUUUACGUUGACUUAGAUAUAUGCACCCUGUGCACUACCUCUACUACCUAGCCACCCUACCCCCUUCACAGACAUAAAAUCCACCCCCCCCCCCUUUCCAUUCUGUUGCCCUGUUGAAUGAAGACAAAGGUAGGGCACGUGUUUGUUGAAUGGAGUCCCGGAGGAGAGCGGGCGAACAAAAGCUAGAGAAGCUUGGCGUGUGGCAUGGCCCAAUCUACAUAAUUAUAAGGGACCACGCGUCAGGGAGUGGGGGUGUGACGAGGGGGGUUGACAUCUGCCGCUCCGCUCCCCCGAGACUCGGAGUGGAUCAAGUUGCCGGCCCGCCACUAUUGGCGCUUAGGCUGCAACCAUCUGCGUUCCCUCGGGCGCACAAUGGGAGCUCAGUGCCUUUAAAAAGACGAGGUAUCUCAAUUUGGAAUACCGAAGUCGCGAUGCCACGGGGUUUUUUGGUAAAGCGCACCAAAAAGCCUGGCGCAGUCUCCUACAGGGUGCGUGAGGAGUGUGUGCCAGCUCAGGGUUUCUUAACAGCAGUCUACGCUUCAGGCAUGCCGUGCUACAUCGACAGAAAGCAUAUCAGGACUGCGACCUUGCCCACGGGCUGCAAUCAGGUCUGGAGCAUACAGAGUCGGGUAAGUUUAGGCGGGAUGCCUGAAGCUCAAUGCCCCCCGACUCUCAGUCCAAACCGGCCAGUCAGUGCGGCGUACCCCCAGCAGAAUACAUCGGCCGAAUACUUAGAUCGCAAACUGAACUCCAGCUCUCCUGUUCAAGCCGAGUCUUUUCCCGAGCAAAACUUCGCCAUCAGCGGCACAGGUGUAGCGUUCCCUCCUUCUUUGGCUGAGAUGACAACGAAACUGGGCAAUGAGUGCAAAGAACCGGAGUCCAUCGCCGUCAAGCGACCCGCCCCCACAAAUGCCAAAGCCAAGCAGACGCAUGCCAAAAAGCAUAAGUCCUCGAGUUCAGUUCAUGGAGAUAAAAAACUAAGUUACCGGGAUGAAGUUACAACAUCGCCAGUUCUUGGUUUGAAGAUUAAGGAAAUGCCGGAGGAAGACGCAAAGCCGCGGUCCAACAGCCCGCUUGGUGAGUUCAUUUGUCAACUUUGCAAGGAGAGAUACGCGGAUCCACUGACCCUAGCGCAGCACAGGUGUUCCCGCAUCGUCCGCGUCGACUAUCGCUGCACUGAAUGCGACAAAGUCUUCAGCUGCCCCGCCAAUUUAGCCUCCCACAGAAGGUGGCACAAGCCAAAGACCCAGCCGGAGGGCAGUUCCGCAGAUAGCGAGGAGAUGGAGUCUAAUUUGACUUCUGUCGGACAGGACCAAACCAUUAAGAUUCGAGAUGGACGCACACCGUCUCCGCAGGUUUCUGACUCUGGAUCCGAAGAAGACCUGGCCUUCAGUUGCUCCCUGUGUUGCAAGAAAUUCAGGAGACAAGCUUAUCUAAGAAAACAUCUCGCUCUGCACAAUAGGCAGGCCACGGCUUCGGAGAGCGCACAGCCUAUAGAAGAAAAAGUAAAAUCAAAUCCACAACAGAAUUGCUCCGGCGAGCUUAGAUCUCUCUACCUCGGGAAAGACGCGCAGGGAUCGGGAUCUGCAGCCAGCGAGGUGUACUCAUGCAGAUUCUGCGGUGAGAACUUCUUCUCCUCUCCAGGGCUCACCAGGCACAUCAACAAAUGUCACCCAGCUGAAACCAGACAUGUUAUUUUAUUGUCUCAAACGGGUUGACAAACUUGGAUAUGAAAACUAACCAAAAAAAAAAAAAUCCGUGUUGCCAGUUUUGACCAUCAUCUUGCAUGUCUGCAUGUUGCCUAUAUUUCUAACGCGUUGUGCAAAAACCUGGCGACGACCUCAAGGAUAAUGAGUCAGCAGCGCAAUCUGUAUAGCCAAUUAGCUUUUUAUAUGUGCGUUAUUUUUUCUCAUAUUAAAGUCUAUUUAUUUAUUUAUGGCCUUUCAUACAGAAAAUUUGCUGCUUUAUGUUAUUGCUGGAAUGCGUUUAUUAGAUAUUUGCCUUACAAUAAAACACCAUUGUGAAAAUUCCUGAGUAUUUUAAACCCAAAAUUGACCAAAACGCAUUUUGUAUUUUUAUAUGUUGGUAUGUUCUUAUAUUUAAGCAAUAAAAAUACAGUACAAUACAAAUAA